CUGAGGCGACUGAGAGGGGACAGGCAGAAGCUCUGGCACAGGGCCGUCAGCUGCCCUUGGUGGUGUGAAGGUCCUGAGGGUGGCAGUUGGUCCGGCCCACGCCCACAAUGGUCCCCGGCUGGAAUCACGGCAACAUCACCCGCUCCAAGGCAGAGGAGCUGCUCUCCAGGGCGGGCAAGGACGGGAGCUUCCUCGUGCGUGCCAGCGAGUCCAUCGCCCGGGCAUACGCGCUCUGUGUGCUGUACAGGAAUUGUGUUUACACUUACAGAAUCCUGCCCAAUGAAGAUGAAAAAUUCACUGUUCAGGCAUCCGAAGGCGUCCCCAUGAGGUUCUUCACCAAGCUGGAUCAGCUCAUUGACUUUUAUAAGAAGGAAAACAUGGGGCUGGUGACCCACCUGCAGUACCCAGUGCCACUGGAGGAGGAGGACACGACCGACGACCCAGAGGAGGACACGGAGAGUGUCAUGUCUCCACCUGAGCUGCCACCCAGAAACAUCCCUCUACCUCCUGGGCCCUGCGAGGCUAAGGAAAUUCCUCUUCCAGUGGAGAGCCCCCGAGCGACCGAGGUCAGCCGGCCCAGCCUCUCCGAGACGCUGUUUCAGCGGCUACAGAGCAUGGACACCAGCGGGCUUCCAGAAGAGCAUCUGAAGGCCAUUCAAGAUUAUCUGAGCACUCAGUUCACCAUAGAUUGUGACUUUGUGAAGACAGGCUCCAGCAGCCUUCCUCACCUGAAGAAGCUGACCUCACUGCUCUAGGAGCUCCAUGGAGAAGUUGUCCGGACCCUCCCCUCCCUGGAGUCUCUGCAGAGGUUGUUUGACCAGCAGCUCUCCCCUGGUCUCCGUCCACGUCCUCAGGUGCCCACUGAGGCCAAUCCCGCUAACAUGGUGGCCAAGCUCAGCCAACUGACAAGUCUGCUGUCCUCCAUUGAAGACAAGGUCAAGGCCUUGCUGCACGAGGGUCCUGAGUCUACCCACCGGCGUUCCCUCAUUCCUCCCGUCACCUUUGAGGUGAAGUCUGAGUCUCUGGGGAUUCCUCAGAAAAUUCAGCUCAAAGUGGACGUUGAGUCUGGGAAACUGGUCGUGAAGAAAUCCAAGGAUGGGCCCGAGGACAAGUUCUACAGCCACAAGAAAAUCCUGCAGCUCAUCAAGUCACAGAAGUUUCUGAACAAGUUGGUGAUCCUGGUGGAAACAGAGAAGGAGAAGAUCCUGCGGAAGGAGUAUGUUUUUGCUGACUCCAAAAAGAGAGAAGGUUUCUGCCAGCUGCUGCAGCAGAUGAAGAACAAGCACUCCGAGCAGCCAGAGCCUGACAUGAUCACCAUCUUCAUCGGCACCUGGAACAUGGGUAACGCCCCCCCUCCCAAGAAGAUCACGUCCUGGUUUCUCUCCAAGGGGCAGGGAAAGACGCGGGACGACUCAGCCGACUACAUUCCCCAUGACAUCUACGUGAUUGGCACCCAGGAGGACCCCCUGGGAGAGAAGGAGUGGCUGGAGAUUCUCAGACACUCCCUGCAAGAAGUCACCAGCAUGACUUUUAAAACAGUUGCCAUCCACACCCUCUGGAAUAUCCGCAUCGUGGUGUUGGCCAAGCCGGAGCACGAGAACCGGAUCAGCCACAUCUGCACUGACAAUGUGAAGACGGGCAUUGCGAACACCCUGGGGAACAAGGGAGCCGUGGGGGUGUCGUUCAUGUUCAAUGGGACCUCCUUGGGGUUUGUUAACAGCCACUUGACUUCUGGAAGUGAAAAGAAGCUUAGGCGAAACCAAAACUACAUGAACAUUCUGCGGUUUCUGGCUCUGGGAGACAAGAAGCUGAGUCCCUUCAACAUCACCCACCGCUUUACCCACCUCUUCUGGCUUGGGGAUCUCAACUAUCGCGUGGAGCUACCCACCUGGGAGGCAGAAGCCAUCGUGCAGAAGAUCAAGCAACAGCAGUAUGCAGAUCUGCUGGUCCACGACCAGCUGCUCACGGAGAGGAGGGAGCAGAAGGUUUUCUUGCACUUUGAGGAAGAAGAGAUCACGUUCGCACCCACCUACCGAUUUGAAAGACUCACCCGGGACAAAUAUGCCUACACAAAACAGAAGGCGACAGGGAUGAAGUACAACCUGCCCUCCUGGUGCGACCGAGUCCUCUGGAAAUCUUAUCCACUGGUACACGUAGUGUGUCAGUCGUACGGUAGUACCAGCGACAUCAUGACAAGUGACCACAGUCCUGUCUUUGCUACAUUUGAGGCAGGGGUCACCUCCCAGUUUGUCUCCAAGAAUGGGCCUGGCACUGUUGACAGCCAAGGGCAGAUCGAGUUCCUCGAAUGCUACGCCACACUGAAAACCAAGUCUCAGACCAAGUUCUACCUGGAGUUCCACUCAAGCUGCUUAGAGAGUUUUGUCAAGAGUCAGGAAGGAGAAAAUGAAGAGGGAAGCGAAGGGGAGCUGGUGGUGAGGUUUGGUGAGACCCUUCCCAAGCUGAAGCCCAUUAUCUCCGACCCCGAGUACCUGCUGGACCAGCACAUCCUGAUCAGCAUUAAAUCCUCUGACAGUGACGAAUCCUACGGUGAGGGCUGCAUUGCCCUUCGGUUGGAGGCUACGGAAACCCAGCUGCCCAUCCAUACUCCUCUCACCCACCAUGGAGAGAUGACAGGCCACUUCCGGGGAGAGAUUAAGCUGCAGACCUCCCAGGGCAAGAAGAGGGAGAAGCUCUAUGACUUUGUGAAGACGGAGCGGGAUGAGUUGAGUGGGACCAAGUGCCUAAAGAACCUCACCAGCCAUGAUCCCAUGAAGCAGUGGGAGCCUGCUGUCAGGGCUCCUCCAUGUGGUGCCUCUGGUGUCACUGAGAUCAUCAACCCCAGCUACAUAGGAAUGGGGCACUUGGGGCAGCCCCUGCAUGGGAAGCAGAACCUGUCCCCGGACCAGCAGCUCACAGCCUGGAGCUAUGACCAGCCACUCAAGGACUCCUCUUUGGGGUCUGGGAGAGGAGACAGUCCUCCGACCCCUCCCUCCCAGCCGCCCCUAUCACCGAAGAAGUUUUCAUCCUCAACAGCAAAUCGGGGGCCCUGCCCUAGGGCACAGGAGUCAAGGCCCAGUGACCUCGGGAAGAACACAGCCGAAGCUCUGCCGCAGGAGGACCUGCAGCUGAUGAAGCCAGAGAUGUUUGAGAACCCACUGUACGGAUCCGUGAGUUCCUUUCCUAAGCUGGUUCCCAGGAAAGAGCAGGAGUCCCCCAAGAUGCUGCGGAAAGAGCCCCCACCCUGCCCGGACCCGGGGAUCUCAUCACCCUGCAUCUUGCUCACCAAAGCUCAGGAGACCGAGAGCUGCAAGGGGACAGGCAAGCAGGUCCCCACGCCCUUCCUCAGCCCCACACCCCGGCUCCGCUCCUUCACCUGCUCGUCCUCUGCGGAGGGCAAGGCAACCAGCGGGGACAAAAGCCAAGGAAAGCCCAAGGCCCCAGCCAGCUCCCAAGCUCCAGUGCCGGCCAAGAGGCCCAUCAAGCCUUCCAGGUCGGAUAUGAGCCAGCAGAUGACCAUACCCAUCCCAGCACCACGACCACCUCUGCCUGCCAAGAGCCCAGCGGUUCUACAGCUGCAGCACUCCAAAGGACGUGACUAUCGUGACAACACCGAGCUCCCCCACCACAGCAAGCACCGGCCAGAGGAGGGGCUGCUGGGCAGGACUGCUAUGCAGUGAAGGCCCUGGUGAGCUGCCGGUGAUGGGAGCCUAGAGGAGCAGCACGAAGCCACUCGAAGCCUCUCCCGGGACCUUUUGCUGGCUCCUCCUACUUAGCUUCCUGUGCAAGGCUUUGUACUUUUCAGUGAAGGCCCUCACUUCUGUGGGGUGGAGGAGUGUUGCUGGUUGGGACACUGGGCAGCAGGUGCUGCUGAGGUCAGAAGGAAAACGCACCCAAGUGGGCAACAAAUAACCACACACCUGGGUUCCAGCUUGUGCUCAGUACUUGGGACCCCAGGGACUAGUUCAGGUCACCAUGUUGAAGAAAGAAACUGAAGCACCCAUCUGAGGGCGCAGAUAUAAAUAAUAAUAAUAAUAUUAAUAAUAAUAGCAGCCACAUGGGUGAGUGCUCGCCAUGUGCCACUUGGCCGUGCUAAGUGCUUUACGAACAUUAUGUCAGGAUGACCUUGAGCUGAGGCUCCUGGAGGGUUUGGACAAAGCAUUAAGAAGGCUGGUGCCCCUGGAGCAAGACAGAGGCUCAGCUGUUUAGGGAGCUGAAGAGUCUGAGUUGCCAACUUAAGGUACAAGGAGCCUGGCCCUAUCCAGCUUCAGUGAUGUGGGCUGCUUUAGCUAAGGUUGGGAGGUCUGGCAGAGCCUGCGUAGAGAGUAGGGAUCUGCCUGCCUUCUCUUGGUUCUUGAAUCGGCAGAAGCCAGAAAAUCAGCUCCAGCUCUCUAGUUGAAAGAUGUGGACUCAACCUGUGCUGGAGAUGUUGAGGUCCGUGCUCAGUACACAUGCCAGGCUCCCUGUGUGCUAUAGAGAUGGGCGGCGAGGCCCUCUCUAGCCUGGCUGCUGGACAGGGUAGGCCUCCUGGACCUAGGCUCUUCAAAUAGCCUGGUCUCUUCUCCCCACUCUGGCUUUCAGUCCUGCAUCCUUGAUUACUAGGAGAAUAGACUGCUAAUGUCUUUUCUUGUAUUGCUUUUUGACAUAACAGAAUUAAUAACAGAAAACCUUGCUGGAGCUGUGCUUGUCUGUAAUCCCAGCACUUAGGAGGUUGAGGUAGGAGGAUCACAAUUUUGAAGCCACCUGGGCCGUAAGGCAAGACCCUGCUUCAAAAAAUAAAAACAAACAACAAUAACAACAACAACAAAAGAAUUCAUGUCAGAAAUCAAAUCCAGAGUGUGUGGGAGAGCAGAAUGGGUAUGCACCCCCAAAUGCCCAACGGGCAUCAGUCUGUGUGACCAAUAAACUGUGCCUUUCUCCCUUGGCUCCUGGCUGUGUGGCAUUUUUCCCUGACAGAGCCACAGGUGCCUCUCUGGACUGUGGGGGCUACAGAGGAGCAGCUGGGAGUGAGAGUUGUUGAGGGCUCAUGGUGGUGACAGGAAGGAGCCACUCUCACCAGAUGGGACCCCAUGCGGCCAGUUUGAGGUUGAAUGCAGACUGGGACAGGGUAGAUGUCAUUCCCUCUGUGCAGGCAUCUUCAUGGGACUCCAAACAUCCUGUAGUCCCCAGCUUCCACAGGUAUCUCUUGACCCCAAGUGUCUUGCAGCCCAUAAGUUCCUACCAGCUUUUCUAAGUGCUGCUCAUUGAAGCUCCAGAGAUAAUAAACACAAGCAACCACCCCACAGGUCAAGGAGCUACCCCAGGCUGCUCAGCAUCUGCUGUUCACAGACUUCAGGCCUAGGCUCCAGGCAAAGCUUCAGGAAGUGGUGUCCUUGGCAGCCACAGAAAAACCAUUCACUGCCUGCCCCAGUGGCCCCAGUGGCCAGUGUGUACUGGCAGGCACAGGGCUAAGAUCCCACUAGACCCUCAGCUCCUGACCCCUACUCAAGUGAGAGGCCCUUGCCUUGCAAGCUUGCUUUCUGGUCUCCAUAUGAAACCUAACCACCAUCCCUAGCCCCCAGCAUUCUGGCCCAAUAAACCAAGGGCCUGGAUAGAGACAACUGGAGACAGACAUUUUUCAGUCCCUCCUCUACCCCAGAACUAAGGACCGGGGCCACUGUAGUCCUUGGAAGCCACCAGGAUGUUCUUCCAGGGUGAGCUGGGGUGUCACACGAGAUGCAUAGCCACCCACCCACUGGGAGAGCACACAGCUUCUGCAGGGUGGAUGCUCAGAUCUUCCUCAUUUCUACAUGUUCCUGGUGAUGUGGGGAAGCACCUUAUGCUCCCUGUCCCUCACGCUGAGCUCUAGUCAUCUGAGCAGAUGCGCUGCUGUGUCCCUCAUUCUCCACAGUCCGACACAGGCAUUCUGUGAGGCCUGUGGAUGGACAACCGAGGCCCCCUCAUGCCCAGAACA